UGCAAGCAAAGCGCAUUACCGAGGCCGAGGAGAGAGUAUCCACAAUGGAAGACAACGUGAUGAACCUAGAAAAACAAUUAAAAGACUCACAGGUACAGAUACAAGUACUUACUGAGCUCGUUGAUGAUAUGGAGAACAGGAACAGACGAGACAACAUACGAAUCAUCAAUCUCCAAGAGGGAAUUGAAGGCAAACAAUCAACGCAGUUCUUCGAAGCCUGGCUACCGAGGGUCCUUUGACUGGAGUUGGAGAAAGGCCGUAUAAAAAUUGACAGAGCCCACAGAAGCCUGGCACCAAGAGGACAGCGAAAUCGCCCGGUUACAAUCAAACUCCACAACUCAAGAGACAAGCUCCAAAUUAUGGCCGCAGUCAAAGCUAAACGAAGCCUCCAGCAUGAGGGACAACCCUUCUUCAUACAGCAAGACCUGUCUGCAGCUGUGAGGAAGAAGCGCCGGGAAUUCAACAAAGUCUGCCAGCAGCUCAUCAACAAGAAGAUCCGAUUCCAGAUGAGGUACCCAGCAACGCUGUCGGUGUUUCUUCACGGACCAGAUGGGACCGACACGGAGCAUAGGUUCCGUUCAGCAGAAGAAGCAGAGUCGACCCUUCAAUCCCUUGGAUGAACACGAUUGACUGUAGUCAUGCGAUCCUUUCUCGCGCAAAGCCAGCCUUGGGCAGCGUGAGUGAGAAAAAGAAGAAAAACCAAACAAAGAUUUCCCGUUUGGAGGAAUAUCUGCAACAGAGAGAUUACCUCGGGGCCUUGACACUACUAGAGUUUCAGAGAAGUACUGGCGAAAUAGAAGAACAUGGUGACCUCUGGCUUGGGUACUGCUCCUUUCACCUGGGUGAUUACAAGAAAGCUAUGGAGGUGUACAAGUCUCUGACUGCACAGCCUGGUUGUCCAGCUGAAGUGUGGGUAUACCUGGCGUGUGUGCUGUUUUUUCUGGGGCUCUAUAAAGAGGCUGAGGAUGCUGCAUCUAAGGCGCCAAUGUCUCCUCUCCAGAACAGACUGCUUUUCCAUUUGGCUCACAAGUUCAACGAUGAGAAGAAGCUGAUGGGUUUCCACCAGAACCUGGAGGAUGUAAUAGAGGACCAGCUGAGCCUGGCAUCUAUCCACUACAUGCGCUCACACUAUCAGGAAGCUAUAGACAUUUAUAAACGUCUUCUACUGCAGGACAGAGAUUUCCUGGCCCUGAAGGUUUAUGUGGCUCUUUGUUACUACAAGCUGGACUACUAUGAUGUAUCCCAGGAAGUGUUGGCCGCGUACCUGCAGAAAGUUCCUGACUCUACCAUCGCCCUCAACCUGAAGGCUUGUAACCACUUCAGACUCUACAACGGCAAAGCAGCUGAGGCGGAGUUGAAGAACCUUAUCGACAUCUCCUCCUGUUCCUUUGAGUUUGCUAAGGAGCUUAUCCGACACAACCUGGUGGUGUUUCGUGGUGGUGAGGGGGCGUUGCAGGUCCUGCCUCCCCUGAUCGAUGUGAUUCCUGAGGCCAGACUCAACUUGGUCAUCUACUAUCUCAGACAAGAUGAUGUACAGGAAGCCUACAACCUCAUCCAAGAUCUGGUGCCUACAACACCUCAGGAGUAUAUUUUAAAAGGAGUGGUAAAUGCAGCAUUAGGACAAGACAUUGGAUCAAGGGAAAACCUGAAAUCUGCUCAGCAGUUCUUUCAGUUGGUUGGAGGCUCAGCUAGCGAGUGUGAUACUAUUCCUGGCAGGCAGUGCAUGGCCUCCUGCUUCUUCCUCCUGAGACAAUUUGAUGACGUUCUUAUAUAUCUAAACUCUGUCAAGGGUUACUUCUUGAAUGAUGAUACAUUCAACUUCAACUAUGCUCAGGCUAAAGCUGCCCUCGGCAACUACAAACAAGCAGAAGAGAUUUUUUUGGUGAUUCAGAGUGAAAAAAUCAAGAAUGACUAUGUUUACCUCAGCUGGCUGGCACGAUGUUACAUAAUGAACCAGAAGGGUCAGCUUGCCUGGGAGCUCUAUCUGAAGAUGGGCACCUCCUCUGAUUCCUUCAGUCUUCUUCAGCUCAUUGCCAACGACUGCUACAAGAUGGGACAAUUUUAUUAUGCAGCCAAAGCGUUUGAUGCACUAGAGAAACUGGACCCAAGUUCCAACUACUGGGAAGGCAAGAGAGGAGCGUGUGUCGGCAUCUUCCAGCUCAUACUAGCCAACAAGGAGCCCAAGGAGACACUUAAAGAGGUGGUGCCCUUGCUGCGAAAUUCAGGAAACCCUCAGGUUGAAUACAUUAUCCGGAUUCUGAGGAAGUGGGCCAAAGACAACAGAGUCCUCCUCUCCUGACAGCCUACAGCACUGAGCUCCAGCUCACUGCGGGCCAACACCACAAGCAGCUCCGCUAUGCAGACAUCUGUAAUCAUUAUAGUGCAUUUUAACACCACUCCCGAAUGAAUCAGAAGAGCAAUAUCUAUGCCACAUGAGAAUAAAUAUGGAAUUUGUAUAUCUGCUAUACUGUAAUGUUUUGGAUAGCAGUUUCCUAUGUACUUGAACAUUUGUAUUAAACAGUGAAUGUAUUUUUAAAAUUUUCAAA